AUGGCAAUCAAUGGAGUCAACAGCAAUGGUAUCGAUGGCAAGACCAAUGGGUUUGCCCACAAGCUGAAAACCAACCGCGCCAAGGCCAUCGCUGUCGUCGCGAAUGUUCGCGCGGCAGAAGCAAAGCGCUCCCCAGCCCUCAUUCAGCUCUUCCCUUGGUCUAUUGAGUACGCAGACGGUCUUCUUCUGCAUGCAGCCGCCGAAGCGGCUGACAAGGCUUCCGUCCCCAUCGGCGUCCACAUGGAUCAUGCCCAGUCCCCGGAUAUCAUCAGACGGGCCGCUGAUGUAGGCGGAUUUGACGGCAUUAUGGUCGACAUGAGCCAUUACGAAAAGGAAGAAAACUUACGCCUCACCAAGGAACUGGUCCAGUACUGUAAUGAACGCGGCAUAAUCACCGAAGCCGAACCUGGCCGUAUUAAUGGUUCUGAAGACGGCAUCGCUGACACGGGCGAUAUAGAGGAGAUUCUCACGGGUCCUGAACAGGCGGAGGAGUUCGUUGCUUGCGGUAUUGACUGGCUAGCACCUGCAUUUGGCAAUGUUCAUGGGGUUUACGGGCCCAAGGGACCGCAGCUGGAUUUCCCUCGUCUCGAUACUGUCCGGCAAGCUGUGGGCGACCGUGUGCGCCUCGUGCUCCACGGCGCCCACGAGAAGUAUUUUCAAGAGGAGCUGUUGCGUAAAUGCAUCUCGUACGGCAUGGCAAAGGUCAACGUGAAUGGUCCCGUGGCUGCAGCAUGGACCAAGGUGCAGGGCGAGCUCACUGGCAAAGUCCCCUUGACGACGGUCAUCGAGGAGCAGACGAAGGCAAUGCAGGAUGUGGUGGAAUACCACAUGGACUUCUUAAUGUCUACGGGUAAAGCAUAA